GGAUUGUAGCUUCUCAUCCACCGCUGCAGGAAUUCCCUCAACAGGUGACCGGGUUGAGUAGCCACCAUCCCGGGCACCGCCCCGAGGAUGGGGACGGGAGAUCAGCGGCGGGUCACUGAACUGGCUGAGGGCGGUGCAGCGCCGGGCGCUGUCAUUGGACCUUCCCUGUUUAAUGUUCACUGGAAACGGCGCCGCUGUCCCCACUGCCACCAUGUCCUUCCUGGAGGUAGCAGAGAGCUCGGACUUCCCCAUCCAGAACCUUCCUUAUGGUGUAUUUUCCACGGCAGACAAUCCUAACCAUAGAAUUGGUGUUGCCAUUGGAGACCAGUUAUUGGACCUGAGCGUUGUAAAGCACCUCUUCACUGGCCCCGUUCUCUCCUCAAACCAACAUGUAUUCACUCAGCCGACUCUGAACUCCUUCAUGUCCUUGGGCCGGGAUGCCUGGAGGGAAGCUCGAGCCAUUCUCCAGAAACUCCUGUCAGCUGAUGAGCCAGCUCUGCGGGAUAACAAGGAACUGAGGAAGAAGGCGUUUGUCUCCCAGGAUUCAGCUACCAUGCACCUUCCAGCAGAGAUUGGAGAUUACACAGACUUCUAUUCAUCCCGCCAGCAUGCCACAAACGUUGGAGUGAUGUUUCGAGGAAAGGACAAUGCCCUCAUGCCCAAUUGGUUGCAUUUACCAGUCGGUUACCACGGUCGUGCAUCAUCUGUCAUUGUGUCUGGGACCCCCGUCAGAAGACCCAUGGGACAGAUGAAACCCGAUGACACAAAGCCGCCCGUGUUUGGAGCCUGCAAACUUCUGGACUUUGAGUUGGAGAUGGGCUUCUUUAUAGGACGGGGCAACAAGUUGGGGGAGCCCAUCCCUGUAUCCCAGGCCCACGAGCAUAUCUUUGGCAUGGUUCUUAUGAAUGACUGGAGCGCUCGAGAUAUUCAAAAAUGGGAGUACGUUCCCCUUGGGCCAUUUCUGGGGAAGAGCUUUGGAACGACUAUAUCUCCCUGGGUCAUAACAAUGGAAGCUCUGCUGCCGUUUGUAGUGGCCAAUCCAGUACAGGAUCCCAAGCCUUUGCCCUACCUGUGUAGCGAUGAUCCAUACACAUUUGACAUCAACCUUUUUGUCUCCAUUAAAGGUGAAGAGAUGGCUGAAAAGGCAACCAUCUGUCGGUCCAACUUCAAGAACAUGUAUUGGACCAUGAAACAACAGCUGGCUCACCAUACAGUUAAUGGAUGCAAUGUAAGGCCGGGAGACCUGUUGGCCUCUGGAACUAUCAGUGGCCCCAGCCCAGAGAGCUUUGGCUCAAUGUUGGAGCUGUCAUGGAAGGGAACAAAAGCCAUUGACCUCGGCAGUGGGCACAAGCGCAAAUUCCUUCAAGAUGGUGAUGAAGUUAUCUUGACUGGUUUUUGCCAGGGCAAUGGAUAUCGAAUAGGCUUUGGCGAAUGUGCUGGAAAAGUCCUUCCAGCAAUUCAGAAGUAAUCUACUGAACAUGUUGUGACUGAAGAGUGAGGGAUGGAGCCUGGUUUCUCCUGUGACGAUUACUUGGUGGAAUUGCUCUUGACCGAGUGCCCCGUCAGUCCACACUUACACCUCAGGAGGCAGCUCAUCUCACAAUUCAAUGCUGGAAUUUGUAUUGCCUUUAAAAUGAAAUCUGACUAUAUCUUGUUAAUUGCAUUGUGAGGAAGGGGACGUUAAUUCUCUGCUGAACUUUGAGCAAAACCCUUAGAGAAUAUUUCAGAAUUAACUGCUGCAGAAUGAUGACAUUUUAAUAAAAGUUGUCAUUGAGAGGAUGAUUGUGUUUGAAGCUUCUAUCAGAUGUAAAUAAGGAAGGCUUCUUGCAUUUAUAUAGCACCUUUCAUGAGCCUCCGGAUGCUCCAAUGUACCUCACAACCUCUGAAGUACUUUUGUACGAGUUGUAAUUUAGCAUCAUCCAAUUUAGCCAGAAAAUCCUGCAAACACCAACGGGCAGAUAAUCAGUUUCAGUGAUGUAGGUUGAGAACAUGCAGGAGAACUCUGGUGCUCUUAUUCUUGGAGAGCAUAGAAAUCAAAUGCAUUGAACAUGAAAUCUACUCCCAGAGCCACUUUGUAUAAUCAAUCAUAGAGUAAUGAGAUUGCUUUAGUUAUUAAGGUGAUCAGAGUUAGUCGUCACUUAAUUUUCAAUUGAAUUAUAAGGAUCUUUGCUAGACGGAAUGCAUCCACUCCUCAGGAUGGGAUAGAAAGGGCAACAUGACAAAUAUUUAAUAGGAAAAGGGACAGUACCAGGGAGCUUGUGGAGACUGAAACUUCUACCUAUGUUUAAGAAUGACGAUGGAACAUGUUACAGGCCCUCCCCAGGUUAUGAAUGCCUAACUUUUGGACACCCCAUACAUAUAAGGAGCUCCCAUAAAUAUUGUUAAAUUUAAAGGAGAGGCAGUCUUAAAAAAAGCCUGUUUGCAUGUAACCAUCCCGCAGUAAUCAGACACCAUUGUCUCAAAGAACACUGCCAGUUUCUCCAGGGAGGCCACUUAAGAGAGCUGUUUUGAACUUGACAACAAUCACUUCUAUUGAUACUUGUGCAACCAUACUCUGUUAAACGAUGUAACAUCCACUGAUACUUCAAGCUUAUCAAAACCAGCCAUUGAGCGUGGGACAUCCCAAUUCUGUAUCAUUGUAACUAGGCAGGAGGAGACAAUAAAUAAAUGUUCAUGUUAA